AUGUUUCUGAUCCUGACCUCAAAGGCACAACAGACAAGCUUCAUCAGGCAUCACAGACAUGCUUCAUCAGGCAUCGCAGACAUGCUUCAUCAGGCAACGCAGACAUGCUUCACCAGGCAACGCAGACAUGCUUUACCAGGCACCACAGACAUCCUUCACCAGGCACUGCAGACAUGCUUUACCAGGCACUGCAGACAUGCUUCACCAGGCACCCCAGACAUGCUUCACCAGGCACUACAGACAUCCUUCACCAGGCAACACAGACAUGCUAAACUAGGCGUCACAGACACGUUUCACCGGGCACCACAGACAUGUUUCACCAGGCACCACAGACAUGUUUCACCAGGCACCACAGACAUGUUUCACCAGGCGACACAAACAUGCUUCACCAGGCACCCUAGACAUGCUUCACCAGGCACUACAGACAUGUUUCACCAGGCACCACAGACAUGCUUCACUAGGCACCACAGACAUGCUUCACCAGGCACCACAGACAUGCUUCCCCAGGCACCACAGACAUGCUUCACCAGGCACUACAGACAUCCUUCACCAGGCAACACAGACAUGCUUCACUAG